GUUUCUCUAUGAACAUAAGUGAAAGAAAAUGUCAAUAUCAUUAAUCUGCAUUCCAUGAGUCUGAUACAAAGUGUCAGAAUUCUCUAAAAAUGUACCUAUUUAUGAUUUAUAUAUUCCAUACAUUUAUGUAUAUGUAUAUUUAAGGUUUCAUAUCAUUCAAGAAGCAAUUAAUGUUCGUAUGUAUAUGGUUAAACGAGAUUAAAGGAGGCAAUGGAGGAAAGUGAGGCUGUUCUUGGUCAACCUCCUAUUUUCUCUCUUUUGGUUGUUGUUUGGGUAAAGAAUAGAGAUUGUCUCUCCUUUUUUACCUUCUUUCGUUUUUGUGUUUUGUCCCAUUACUAGUUCUUAUGAUGGUCUUGAUUCACAUUUGACAUUCUUUUACAAUAUCCACCAUUCAUUUAAUCACAAUUUGUAAAAAUAUAAUCUACAAAAGACUUUGAUUUUGCAUUUGCUUCUCUGUUCUGUCUCAAUCUCUUUCCCCUCUGGUAAAGUUUCAGUCUUUGCACUCAAGAAAUGGCUAAAGAGAACACAGGUCAACAUCACCAAACAGAAGCAAGAAGAAAGAAACUAACUUUGAUUCUUGGUGUAAGCGGACUCUGUAUUUUGUUUUACGUUUUAGGCGCGUGGCAGAACAGCAAUCUCCCUGCUUCUUACUCCAAAAUGGGAUGCGAGACUCAAUCAAAUCCUUCUUCUUCUACCUCCUCCUCAUCUUCUGAGUCAUUCGAUUUAAAAAGCCAUAACCAGGAUGAGUUCAAGGAAACAAACCAAACCAUCAAGUACUUUGAACCAUGUGACUUGUCCCUCAGUGAAUACACACCUUGUGAAGAUCGACAAAGAGGAAGGAAGUUCGAUAGGAACAUGAUGAAAUAUAGAGAAAGGCACUGUCCUACAAAAGACGAGCUUCUCUAUUGUUUGAUUCCUCCUCCACCAAACUACAAGAUUCCAUUCAAAUGGCCUCAAAGCAGAGACUAUGCUUGGUACGGCAACAUCCCUCACAAAGAGCUCAGUGUUGAGAAAGCAGUCCAAAACUGGAUUCAAGUAGAAGGUGACCGGUUUAGAUUCCCUGGUGGUGGAACUAUGUUUCCUCGUGGAGCUGAUGCUUAUAUUGAUGACAUUGCUAGGCUCAUUCCUCUUACUAAUGGUGGAAUCAGAACAGCUAUUGACACUGGAUGUGGUGUUGCUAGUUUUGGUGCUUAUCUCUUGAAGAGAGACAUUAUGGCUGUGUCUUUUGCUCCAAGAGACACUCAUGAAGCUCAAGUCCAAUUUGCGUUAGAACGUGGAGUUCCUGCGAUAAUUGGAAUCAUGGGAUCAAGAAGGCUUCCUUAUCCAGCUAGAGCCUUUGAUCUUGCUCAUUGUUCUCGUUGUUUGAUCCCUUGGUUUAAAAAUGAUGGAUUGUACCUGAUGGAGGUGGACCGAGUUCUAAGGCCGGGCGGUUACUGGAUCCUCUCCGGACCACCGAUAAAUUGGAAACAGUACUGGAGAGGUUGGGAGAGAACAGAGGAGGAUUUAAAACAAGAACAAGAUUCAAUAGAAAAUGUAGCAAAGAGUCUUUGUUGGAAGAAAGUGACUGAAAAAGGUGACUUGUCCAUAUGGCAAAAGCCUAUCAAUCAUAUUGAGUGUAAAAAGCUCAAACAAAACAACAAAUCACCUCCAAUAUGCAGCUCGGACAACGCAGAUUCUGCUUGGUACAAAGACUUGGAACCUUGCGUAACACCGUUGCCAAAUACAAACAAUCCAGAGGAAUCAGCAGGUGGUGCGCUGGAGGAUUGGCCAGACCGAGCAUUCGCGGUACCUCCUAGGAUCCUCAGAGGAACCAUACAAGACAUCAACACCGAGAUGUUUAGAGAAGACAACGAGGUUUGGAAAGAGAGGAUAGCUCAUUACAAGAAGAUAGUCCCUGAGCUUUCACGUGGAAGAUUCAGGAACAUAAUGGACAUGAACGCUUACCUCGGUGGAUUCGCUGCGUCUAUGCUUAAAUACCCAUCUUGGGUCAUGAAUGUUGUUCCCGUCGAUGCAGAGAAACAGACGUUAGGUGUGAUCUUCGAGCGUGGAUUGAUUGGGACGUAUCAAGAUUGGUGUGAAGGAUUCUCUACUUAUCCAAGAACUUAUGAUAUGAUUCAUGCAGGAGGAUUGUUCAGUUUAUAUAAAAACAAGUGUGAUUUGACGCUGAUAUUGUUGGAGAUGGAUAGAAUAUUGAGACCAGAAGGAACGGUUGUGUUGAGAGAUAAUGUGGAGAUGUUGACGAAAGUAGAGAGGAUAGCGAAGGGAAUGAAGUGGAACACUCAAAUUGUGGAUCAUGAGAAAGGUCCGUACAAUCCUGAGAAGAUUCUUGUUGCUGUUAAAACUUAUUGGACUGGUCAACCUUCUAACAACAAUAAAAACAACUAGUGUGCCAACUCUCUUGGUUCCACUCUCCUUCGUGUUUAUUUAUUUAUUUUGCUUUACUAAAAUCCUGUUUUGUACUUCUUCUCUAAAAUCAUAUCUAAUGACUAUUAGGUUU